AUGAAUUAAAACAGAGUAGAAGUGUAUUAGUAAAAUUAUAGCCAAAACAGUACUAUAAUUAUAGGAAGCGGGCCUUGCGGAAUUCUAGCAACAAAAUAUUUAAAGGAAAAUAAUAAUGUGAUUUGUAUAGAUAAUAGAGAAGAUAUAGGUGGACAGUGGCACUUUGAUAAUUAAAAUGAAGAAGACUAUCCAAAUCUCCAAUAGAAUUCAUUUUUUCACCACUACGGAGUUUUACCUAGCUCUCUUUAUGAAAAUCUCCAAGCAAACAUACCAAAGUAUCUAAUGACUUUUAAGGGAUUUCCUUGCAAACAAGAAUAUUAGGAAUUUAUGAAAGCUGAGGAGUUCUAUUAAUAUUUGUAAGACUAUUGUGCAUACCACAAUCUUAAGUAAUACAUGGUUUUCAAAACUUUUGUUUCAUCAGUUAAAUUAGUCAAGAAUUUAAGCACUGAAGAGAUAGAGAAAGUAGGUUUUACUUUAAAUAAAAAGUUCUUAGUUGAAAUAAAGGAUGCAUAAAAUUAUAAGGAAAACAUAAGAUUCCUUCAAGCUGAUAACGUCAUUGUAGCAACAGGCCAUUAUUCUGUUCCGAAUUACCCUAAAAUAGGUGAUAUAUCACUUUUUAAGGGAGAAUAAAUUCACACUCAUUACUUCAGAUAGAAACAUCUCAAAAAAUUUACAGACAAACACAUUGUGAUUUAUGGCACAAGUAUGUCUGCGCAUGAUUUGAUUUGCAUUAUAUUAAAGUAAACAGAAUUGUAGUAGUAGCCAAAAAAAAUUACUGUGAUAGGAAAUCAAAUGGCUAUUGAUAGAUUAAAAUAAUCAGAAGCUUACAAAGAAGAAAUAAAUUGCUAAAAGCUUUGUCUGUCAUCAACCUAUAUAUAAAAAAUUGUAGAUGAGAAAUCUUUAAUUUUAGAAUCAGGUGAAAAGAUUGAUGAUGUUGACGUCUUAUUAUAUGCCACAGGAUAUCAAUAUAGUUUUCCUUUUUUGGAAAACUCUAAUGAUAAUCUUAUAGAGUUGGUACCAGAAAAUGAAAGAAAAAAUAGUUGCGGUCCACUUUAUAAAAGAAUGUUUAGUGUUAAAGAACCUGAUUUAAUAUUUUUAGGUUUGACUUACAAUACAAUUUCAAUAUAGCAAAUGUUUGAAAGAUAGGCGAUAAUUGCUUAAAGAUUUAUAGAUAAAUUAAUAACUUUGCCUUCUAAAGAGGAUAUGUUAAGAGAUUACUAAGAAGAUUUCAAGUAAUCAUAGUCAAAGUUUGUAGAUGGAAGAGAUUAUUUCAAAGUCUGUUAUUUUGUUGGAUUAAAUGAAAUAGAAUACUCUAAAUAGCUUUCUGAAUUAGCAGGAAUGCAAUUAGAUGAAGAAUUUAACAAAUACAUAAAGGACUUAUAUGUUCCUAUCUCAAUUAAUUUCUUGUAAAAGGGCAACUAUCCUUGGAUGAAGUAAUAAUAAGUAUCUCAUUUAUUACCAAAAAAUUAUAGUCCUAAUGAGGCAUUAUUUUGA